UAAGGAGAGGAAGCUGCUCACAUACACCAACACACACUUGCACACACACACACCUACACACACAUGUAAGUCCAGAGGACGGCUGGAGAUCCGUGUGGGCCACAUGGAGAAAUCAAAAAACUUUCGCAUCGACGCCAUUCUGGCCGUGGAGCCUCCGAAAGCUCAGACUUCUCCCCUGGCUCUGGUCACCUCACUGUCCAGUUCUACGUCGUCCUCUUCAUCAUCAUCAUCAUCCUCGGGAAGAAGAAGUGUCCCGGGUUCGGACCUCCUGAACUCUCCUUCGGCCAUGGUGGGACUCCAUCCUCCGAGCAGCUCUCUUUACCACCCGCACAUGUUCUCCUACCCUCUGGGACAGCCGCCGAUGCUCUCGUACCCAUACCCUCCUCUUCCUCAUCAUGAUGAACCCCUCAAGCUGCCCCCUGGUUCCCUGCAGCUCGAUCACUGGCUGAGGAUCUCCACCGCCGGGCUCGCGCUCCCCAAACUUCAAACUGACUUCAAUCCUCAAGCUCAUCAGUCCACACUCCUAGGGAAAUGUCGGAGGCCGCGUACCGCCUUCACCAGUCAGCAGCUGCUGGAGCUGGAGCAUCAGUUCAAACUCAAUAAAUAUCUCUCAAGACCCAAACGCUUCGAGGUGGCCACAAGCCUCAUGCUCACUGAGACCCAGGUCAAAAUCUGGUUUCAGAACAGACGCAUGAAAUGGAAACGCAGCAAAAAAGCAAAAGAACAAGAAGCAGCCCAGGAAGCUGCCGAGAAACACAAAGGAACCAAAGAGAAAGAGAAAGGCGAGCAGCCCGACUCGGCUAAAGGGAGACUGAGAGACUUCAGGGACAGUGAUGACGACGAUGACGAAGCGGACUCGUACAUGUGCAAUUCCUCAGAGUUUUCCUCGGAGGAUGAGAGAACCCACAUGAGCCCUCAACCUUGAGACCUCGAGUCUUUCCGCAUCCAUCAGCGAACGCUCCAUUGGAGGAAAACCUGCAUGUGUGUUCUCCCAUUCCGCAGUGCUUUCCAGGGACUUGAUGGUAUAGACUGACGGUAUAGAUACACACUUAAGGAGAGUGAGACGUGGACUGAAUCCUAACUCACCCCUGUAUUGGACACAUAGUGCACUACAUAGGGUGUAGAAGCCAUUACUCCAAGUACGUUUAUAGGUUCUACCUUGAAAACUUCUCUGAAAUACUCUGUCCCAAAAGGCUCUUUAAAGCGAUGACCAUUGUUUUCCUUCCUGAAGCUCCUUUUGAUUGACUGAGAUUUAAACACCAUUAAGUGAAAAACUCAUUUUGGCAGAUAAUACUCAUUAGGUUUAUUGCAGAAAGAAUAAAAAAAUGGCUGAAGAAUCAUGAAGGAAAAGGUUUUCAGGGAACCACAAAAGGUUCUUAAGGAAAACGUCUAUUGUAUUGCUGUUUAAAAACAUUUAAUUACAAGGAGGUAGGACACAGAGUCCACCAUUUCAUACCCUUCCAAGUGCACUCUGCCUCUGUAUUGGACAUCUAGUGCUCUAGGGAGGGUGUAGAAGCCAUCAGUCCAUGUUGUUUAGUUAUAUAUGCAGCUAGAAGAUGAAUCCCAAAUAAGGAUAUAGUGUACGACAUAUAAGGAAGCAAUUUCUUUUUUUUAUCUUUUAAGUUAUACUCAUAAAGAUUCUACCUUUUUACGAAGGAUACCAUCAAAGAACAAUUCUUUUAGUUCCUGGAGAACCCUUUGAAAGGAUCUUGGUGGUGUGAAAUGUUUAUGAAGUGUUUUAUGCAAUAAACAAUAGAAAUGGUUGAAGAAUUUUCAAGCAAAAGGGAACCAAAAAAUGGCUCUUAAGGAAAUCUUCUAUGACAUUGCUCAUAAAAAAGCUUCCAAUGCUAAUUUUAAAUCUGUAGGACACAAAGACAACCUUUUCAUACCCUGUCUAGUGCACAGAUUUUCCGGAAGCCAUCACUUCAUACAUACUAAUUAGGCACCAGGGAGCAAUGUGACACUUAGUUAUUUUAAGCUAAAUCGUAAAUGUCUCCCAUAUGAAGCAUAUAGCGCACUACAAGGAAGGUUUUGUUUCACAUCUCCUGUAGUGCACUUAAGAAAGAGUCGACAGGCAUUUGGGAUACAACCAGUAUGAAAUCAUUUUCACCUUUUAAUAGAUUUUGACACACAGUCUAAACCUAGUAGAGACUGCAGGAAUGGUUAUAAAAGCAUGUGAUUUUUAUUUUUUUUUUGAAUACCUCAAAAUGAGGUAACAGAAAUUCAUUGUUUUAACUGUCUUCAUAUUUUAUCACUUGACCCUAACCUUUCUAAAACAUCUGUGUUGUGUUUUAAAAAAAAAAAAGUCAAUAUCCAUGUCACAGUGUUUAUGUGUGGAAAUGUGUUUAUUUUUCUAUAUUGUAUUUAUAAAAUAAAAGGCUUUACAAUUGCAUGGAGGCUAAAUAAAUGCAA